AAAUCAAUCUCUUUAUCAGUGCUUGUCAACAUCACAAAGUAUUCAAGUUCAUUCUCACGUAGAGUCCUUAUCCUACCAUUGAUCAAAGAAAAUCUCUAAACAAGCAAUAGCUUUGUCUUGAGGCAAAGCAAUACUUGAGAAAGAUGGUUCAAAGCAAGACUACUUGUCAAGCAAUCAAGUCUUACAAUCUGCAACCUGAAACUCGGUUUGGGCAAGAACAUCUCAAGAACCUUGGACCGGAGAUGAUGUUGAUGAAGAGAACAAAACCUAAGAGGAAGCUUAAAGACACUUCUGUUUCUCAACCAGGUAAGACGCAACCACCACCAAAUAAGCAUGAUUUUGUUGUUAAAGUAACAGGUAGGUCGCCUAACUACAUGAAAGGCACCUCUAGUUCUGAGGCAAGGAUAGAGAAAAAGAAAAUAUUCAAUCAGAAGAACCAAACCUCUCUAAAACAUGAUGGAGUCAAGAAAGAGAGAAGUAACAACAAGCCGAGUUCGAGGAUGGUUAAAGGUUUGACAAAGACUCCCAGUUUCAAGAGAUGUACACAGAGAGCUACUUGUUCCUCCAUUCUGAAAGAUCCCAAGUUUCCAGAGUAUCUGAUGCUUAAUCAUGGUGGAACUGAUGGUGAUGAAGUUAGUGGAACCUCUGUUUUGAGAGUCUGUCCUUAUACGUAUUGUUCACUUAACUGCCAUCUGCAUAAGCAGCAUCCUCCACUGAAAAGCUUCAUAUCCUCGAGGAGAGGGAGUUUGAAGUCUCAAAAUAGUGUGCAGAUGGAACCUUCUGUGGAGAGGUAUGUAGAGGAGAAGAAAGAGUGUGAGGAUGCAAAUGGUGAGGUUGAUGUUGAGACUCAAAUCUCGGAGACUAUCUCUGUAGGAGCACCUUGUUCUGAAACUGACUCUGAUAAGUACUCUGACACUGUAGAGAUGGUGAAGCUUUCAGAAGGUGAUGAUGGCAUCAAAGAAUCCGAUUUGGAGGAGGAGACUCUUGUAAAAGACUCUGUGAAAGAGGUCCAAGAGACUACUACUUGUGAGGUUGAUAUUGACUCUGAUAGUGCAGGGACGGUGAGGUUUUUAGAAGGUGAUCAUGAUAUCAAUUUAAAAGAAGAUGUUGAUCAAUCUUGUUACUUUAACUCAGAAGCAGAUGAUGCUGCUGGUGAUGAGACACUUAAGGAUAAUAAAGCUGAAGAUUGCAAAGAGGAGUCUCAAGACCAAACUGAAGCUACAAAGGUGCCAUGCAACCAAGAAGAAGAUUUAGAUGUUACCGUUGCAUGGACAAUCAUCAAAUGCAAGAAACAUGUGUCAGAGACAGAGGAUUUGACGGGAUUCAACCCAAGAGAACCCAAUUACCUUCCGCUUUCCAUUGAUGCAGAUACCGAGAAGGUCGACCUAAAGCAUCAAGACAUGGAUGAGAGGAGAAACUCAGAGGACUGGAUGUUUGAUUAUGCUCUGCAGCGUGCCGUUACCAAACUUUCCUCAGCAAGGAAGAGGAAAGUUGCAUUGCUAGUCGAGGCAUUUGAAACCGUGAAACCUAUUACUAAGCAACAUGGUAGAGAACCUGAACCUGUAUUGAGUUAUGGAAAACCCCUUCAGACAUGUAAUUAACAGAGGUCAACGGAUGAUUGAAGCAGAGCAACUUAAGGAAGGUGAAAGAUGUUUGUUCUAUAUUGUAAGUAUUUGAAAUCGUGAUUCAGUUGUUGUUGAUUGUUACUAAACAACAUUGACAGUUGUUUUCA